AACCGCUUUCGCAGGCCAGCAACUGUAUCGCCCUCUUUGCUUUCGACAGAUUCCACGUCGUCCACCAUUGCUGCAGCCGUUGCACGCAUCCGGACUACUACUCUACUAAUCCCUCGCGCCGCGUCAAGUCCGCAACCACUCUCCAAGUCUUCUCGCAGUCACCCUCCAUCGCCCUUCAACGACACAACCGCCGCCAUGAGGGUCUCGCCUUUCUCCCCGAAGCGCGCCGGGCUUCUCGCGUCCUUCUUCGCCCUCGGCGUCGUAGCCCAGCAGAACAAUAACAACGACAACUCGGCGGAUGAUGAUACGGCGAACGAUACCUCCACCACUACUCCGGCAGAUGAUUCUACGGCAGACGACUCUGACGCAGAUGACACUCCCGCCAACGGCUCUCCUGCGGAUGAUACCACCACGAAUGAUUCUCCGACCAAGACCGGAGAGACCACCACUGACGCAGCCAAACCUCCGGCGGGAACUCCCACCACUGCCGAGGGCGACGAGCCCCCUUCUACAACCACCAAAGAUGAGCAGACGACAACGACGGGGCCCUUGCCCACCCUUCCUGCCUUGAGCAGCACCACCACCACCUCGUUUUCCCGUCCCACCGACAUGCCGACGCUAUCCAGGACGGUCAAUACGGAGAUCCCGACCUACCCGCCGCCGACGAUUCCGCCAACCCGCAACGCGCCCUUCAUGAACCACUCCACCCUCCCGGACGGUACCGUCUUCAUCGCAGUGGGCGCUAUCCUCGGCGCCUUUGGCGUCGCCAUCCUCCUCUGGCGCGCCAUUGUCGCCUGCCUGCUCCACCGGUCCGUCGAGCGUGCCGCGCUUGCCCAGCACGCCGCCAACAACGGCCGCGGGGCGGCCGACAAGAACGCGGCCUCGUUCCCGGCGCCCCCGGCCCAGUUCUACAAGUACCUCGAGCGCGAGUCCUCGGCCUCGCUUGCCGGCGCUGGGGUGGGCGGCUCCACCGGCCGGAGGACCAACCGCGGCCCGACGCCCUCGGCCACCCCCAGCCAGACGAACCUCUUCUUCUCGCCCACGGCCGCGGGCUCCUCGUCCGGCAUGGGCGGUACCAACCGCGACUCGGCGCGCUACCUGCCCUCGGGCUUCUACGCCUCCGCCUCGCCCGCCGCCGGCGGCCACGGGCACGGCAACUCGAUCAGCAUGACCACGCUGCGGCCUUCGUCGCGCGGGCGCGGCGGCCAGCUCGGUCCCUCGCCGCCCGAGUCGCCCGACGUCGGCCCCCGCGUCAUGUCGAGGAACUUCAGCACCAGCUCGCUCAACCUCAACCACCCCCCGAGCCCCGGCCACCGGGCCCCCAGCGCCUACCUGGACGACCUGCUCGACGAACAGCCGGGCAUGUUCCCACCGGCUGCCGGGAAUGCGCCCUCUCAGGGACACGGGAGUCAGCGUGGGAGGUAUUAGAGAUGGACCUUUCCAGGCUACUACUGAAGAGGGAUGGGCGACCGGAGAAGCACGGUUCACUCGGUGUUUUGUAUUCUUCUUUGGCUUACUCGGUUAGGGUUGGCUUUUUUUCUUCUUGUUUCUUGGUCUUGAGGA